GUUAUCUGAAUCUCUUUCUUCUAAAGCCAAAAGGCAAUUAAACAUGGCUGCCUCUGUGAAGGGCAACAGCAGCAGGCUCUCUAUGGCAAUGGAAAGAACCGGCCAAUGGGUUUUCUCUCAAGAAAUUCCAACUGAUGUUGUUGUUGUAGUUGGUGAAGCAAACUUCUCCCUUCACAAGUUCAUGCUCGUGGCGAAGAGCAACUACAUAAGAAAACUGAUGAUGGAAUCGAAAGAACCUGACUUGACGAGGAUCGAUCUCUCCGACAUCCCUGGAGGUCCUGAGAUCUUCGAGAAAGCAGCCAAGUUCUGCUACGGUGUCAACUUCGAGAUCACAGUCCACAACGUAGCAGCUCUCCGUUGCGCCGCCGAGCACCUCCAAAUGACCGAUAAGUACUGCGACAACAACCUCGCCGGCCGAACCGAAGAUUUCCUCUCACAGGUUGCUUUGACCAGCCUCUCCGGUGCCGUCGUCGUCUUGAAAUCGUGCCAAGAGCUUCUUCCCAUGGCUGAACACCUCCGUAUCGUCCAAAGAUCCGUCGACGUUGCCAGUUCCAAGGCGUGUAGUGAGUCCAACUUUCCGAGCCGGUCACCGCCGAACUGGUGGACAGAGGAAUUAUCGAUCUUAGGUAUUGAUUUCUUCGGCAAAAUCAUCACCGCAAUGAAACAACGCGGCGCAAAAGCAUUCACCGUAUCGAGCGCUCUGAUAACCUACACGGAGAGAUCGCUCCGAGAUCUUGUCCGGGACCACUCGGGCAACGGCACCAAGUCCUCGGAUCCCGGCGGCGACUCCGAACUCAGAAUCCAGCAACGCGAGCUGCUGGAGUUGAUUGUAGCACUCUUGCCCUCCGAGAAAGCCGCUCUUCCAAUUAACUUCCUCUGCUGCCUUCUCCGAUCGGCGAUAUUCCUCCAGGCUUCGAGCACCAAGUGCAAGAACGAGCUUGAGAAGCGGAUCUCGGCGAUCUUGGAGCACGUGACCGUCGACGACCUCCUAGUGCUGUCUUUCACCUACGACGGAGAGAGGCUGUUCGACCUGGAGAGCGUGAGGAGGAUCAUCUCGGGAUUCGCGGAAAAGGAGAAGAGCGUGGCCGUAUUCAACGCCGGUGAUUUCGGAGAGCACUGCUCCACUGCGAUGCAGAGAGUCGCCAAGACCGUGGACGCGUAUCUGGGCGAGAUCGCCACCUUCACGGACCUCAGCAUCUCCAAGUUCAACGGCAUCGCUAAUCUCGUGCCGAAAGCCGCUAGAAAAGUCGACGAUGAUCUCUAUCGGGCGGUUGAUAUCUAUUUGAAGGCGCAUCCGAACCUGGACGAGAUAGAGCGGGAGAAGGUGUGCAGUGUGUUGGACCCACUGAAGCUGUCCUACGAAGCACGGGUGCACGCGUCGCAGAACAAGCGGUUACCCGUACAGAUCGUCCUCCACGCUCUCUACUACGAUCAGCUGAAGUUGAGGAGCGGCGUAGACGAUUCUAGCACCGGGCCAGACGCUGUGGCGACGAGAACCCAGUUGCAGACCGACGUGACGCUGAUAAGAGAGAACGAGGCGUUGCGUUCUGAGCUGAUGAAGAUGAAGAUGUACAUUUCGGACAUUAAGAAAACCAAUGGUCGUGGGACGUCGUCGUCCACGCCGGCGAAGGGUGAGCCUUCCUCCAAGAGGCCGACGUUCUUCUCGUCGGUGUCGAAGAAACUGGGGAAGUUGAACCCCUUCCGACAUGGAUCAAAGGACACUUCAAAUAUUGAGGAAGGAGGGGUGGAUCUUACCAAGCCUAGGAGGAGAAGGUUCUCCAUCUCUUAAUUAAAUUACGCGCACCAUGUAACUUUUUGUGUGUUGUUUAUUAUCUAAUCUGUAUUAAUAGUAGAUUAGAUCAUUUGUGUGUCGUGUUGAUGAAUUUUGUGCAGUCAAAUAAACCUAAUAGAGAUUUGCUUGA